GUGUCCGGGCUGAGAGGGAGGGAGGCGGGCACCAUAACCCCCUCAGGUACAUCUGCUUUCCAAUCUGCAAACAACCCCACCUCCCGUCCUCCUGCCUCUCCAUCAGCCUCUCCAGCCUCCCACACCCACUCCCCAAAUCCACGGGGAGCUGAGCGGUUCCUGAUUGGUCGAGGAGGCGGACGGGAGCGGUGUCAUCAUGUGGACUUAAAAACAGUGCAGCUAUGUUGUUGUAGGAACACUGGAUCAGUACCGGCACAGACAAACAGAACCACGCAGCGGAUGUUUAGGUUUACGCGCAGAUCAACGUGGAUUAAUUUUGCUCCGAAACGAACCUGAAGUGUAUUCAGCUCUCCGUCCGGACCGAACAUGCCCAGAGGCUUCCUGGUGAAAAGGAACAAGAAGACCCCCCCGGUGUCUUACCGGGUCCGCUCCGAGGAGGAGGAAGCGGGACGACCUGUCGCUGAUGCGCCGCCGCGUCUCUCCUCCAUCCCGCUGCGCGCACAGACCUGCGGGGCGGCGGCCACUGCUCCGGAACCAGAUCCGGCCGCCAAGCCCGUGCAGUUCGGGAAUCCGGAGACUGUGUACCAGAUUCUCUACAGCCCCACCCGGCCCGUCAGCCAGGACCAUGAGCGUUCCUCGGAGCGGCGCUUUAGCCUUGGCUCUCCGGUCUCAGCAGAGUCCUUCCCCACGCCUGCGGCUCUCACCGCGCUGGACCACCUGUUCGCCCCGGUGGACUUGAAGAUCGGCUCCAGCAGCAGCAGCAGCAGCGCGGCGGCCGCCGGGACGCUCCCCACCGCAGGCGCCAAGCGGCCGGCAGGUGACGCGGAGCGGAGAGGCAAAGCGCCUAGCUCCAAGAAGACCAAAGCUAUCCGGAAACUGCACUUUGAGGACGACGUAACCACGUCCCCGGUCCUAGGGCUGAAGAUCAAGGAGGCUCCGGUGGAGCACAAUACGGCCGGGGAAGAGCGCCCCCUGCUGGGAGGCUUUGUCUGCCAGCUGUGCCGCGAAGCCUACCAAAACCCAUUCUCUCUGGCCCAGCACAAGUGUUCCAGGAUAGUUCGGGUCGAGUACAGGUGUCCCGAGUGUGACAAGGUGUUCAGCUGCCCGGCCAACCUGGCCUCCCACCGGCGGUGGCACAAACCAAAGCCGCAGAGCGGGACGCACAGCGAGUCGGCCGCGUCCGGCAAGGACUGCAGCGACAGGGAUUCAUCCAGCCCCGAACCGUCCGAGUCCGGUUCUGAGGACGGACUGUAUGACUGUCCUCGGUGUGGGAAAAGAUUCAAGCGCCAGGCGUACCUGAGGAAGCACCUGGCGUCUCAUCACGGUUCCCAGAAACCCGCAGAGCUGCAGCAGGAAGAGAAGGACCCGAAGAGCUGCGGGACCGGCGCGGGGCCACUUAACCUGAGCGCGUCCUCCUGCCACGCGUGUCCCGUGUGCGGGGAGAGCUUCAGCAGCAGGGGCGGCCAGGAGCGCCAUCUCCGCCUGCUGCACUCCGCUCAGGUGUUUCCCUGCAAAUAUUGCCCCGCCCUGUUCCACAGCUCCCCGGGACUCACCCGACACAUCAACAAGUGCCACCCGUCCGAGAGCCGCCAGGUGAUCCUGCUGCAGGUGCCGCUGCGUCCCGCCUGCUGAGGCCCCCCAGGUCCGGGUCAUGUCAGGUCCAGUUCACUCCAGCUGAGAUUUCAGCACUUCACCUUCAAACAUUCCUGUUCAUUUUCCAGGAAUGUUGUUUUGAAUGAUUCUGGGACAUUACAGAACAUUUUCCCAGUUUUUCCUGUAAAACUGGAUAUUUUUUGCAGUGUGACUCUGAGAUGUGAUCAAAGUGACUCAGAGCUGCUGAAGCAGGGAUUCAGUGCCUUGCUCAAGGACACUUCACCUCAUUCAGAGGGAGCUCCAACCCCCUGAGAAGAUCAGAAGCUUAGACUGUGGAGAAAACUUUAGAAUCUCUGCACAAGUGCUAUUAGCUGGUAGACCUAAGAGAGGUCCGGUCCGAUCCGGCCUGGUUCUGGACAGACCUGUUCCCAUCACUAAGUAGCUUUAAUAGAUCUGUGGAUCAGUAGCUGGAGCAAGCAGAGGAUAGUGUAGCUGUACUGCUUUCAGAUUAGAGCGUCCUGCUGUAAAACUGCCUUAAAUCAUUAAAGUUGCUUCUAUUUAUUUAUGACUGUAUUUAUUAUUAAGUUAUUGCUGUAAUCAGUUGAUUUGUGUUGACGCUGUGGUGUGUUCAAGUGUCUUUAAAACAAUCAGUGAUUUUAUCAGCUGCAUCUGCAAUCACCUUCUUCUUCUUCUUCUUCUUCUUCUUUAUUUAUUGAUGAGUUCUUGUUGCUCUGGAUGUUUCUGCAGUAACUUUUGCUACGUGUCCAAAAACAAUAAACCAAACUGAGAAUCAGA